UUCACUGAUCCUAAUCCUCUUCCGUACAUUCCUCAUCUCGGCGAACGGACGAACCGACUGGUGGAACUAUAUGUGAUAAUCGCUGUUUCCCCACGAACACGGAAGAUACGGAAACCAGUGACAUCAACAUCAUAACACGGAUGAUAUUGGCCGGAGAGAGAACAAACAGAAGCUUAAUGAGGUUAUAAACUGUGGUUUGAAUUAGUUUAGUGAAAGUAAUCGUUAGCACAGCCGAAAACUAACCGAAUGAACCAAAGCUAACCAGAUAACUGAGCUAGUAGGACACCAUGAACUGACUUCUUUGCUUUAUUUUGAACUUCACGACAAGGCUCCACGACAGGCAAUCAUCAUGUUCAGCUUUCUCGGACUCCGUAAAGACUCAAAGAAGUCAUCGACAGAGAAGGAGGUAGAGGGAGGCUUUGUCAUCAUCGGAGAGACAGUAGAAGAACAAAGGAGGAAGAUGCAAGCCAUGAACAUCGCACAGCCAUCAACGAAUGUCGUCGUGCAUUCAUCCAGGUCGUCCUGUCGUGCUCCAGCUCCAGCUCCACCAAUCAGCACAAAUCUCCCUGCACCUUUACCCACCUUUGCUCAGGCAGCAGGAGCAUCAGCAGUGGAAGCUGCCCCAUCUCUCCCGGACCUCCUCGGGGACGUCCCCUUCGCUCUGGCUCCUCAUAUCCUGGCCAUGCAGACUGGGUUCCCCCUCAUCCCUGAUGUGCUGAUGUCCCGGGAUAUAAACUACAACCUGGCUACUUUUCAGUACGACUUUACUUUAGAAAACUCUGUUCUUCAUAACGCAUAGAUGUUUACGAUUGAAACAUCAGGUAUGCUGAACGGAGCUCACACUCUGUGGUUGGUCAUAGAUAAUGCUCGAGGUUCCACAAUAUUUCAAACAAUGAGAUUUGAAUCUGUAGCAUCAUUAACAAGUGAACGUUUGAUUACAUUUAACACAAAUCCUCUCUUGAACUAGAAACAAUCAAAUUGAAAUGAUGAAAUUCUUCUCUGUUGUUUUAAAAUGUAAAGAGGGAAGGGGAAAGUCAGCUGCUAUUGAAGCUUCAGCUCCAAAGUUAUCGUAAAACUGAAGGCACCUUGCUGUGAGCGGGGAAGUUUCUCCAGAUAAGAGCAAGAAAUGAGCAAACUUCAAAUAGAGGUAGAACACUCUUCUUUCCUGUUACUGUAAACAUACUUAGUGAGUGAACCCAAGAAGUCUGUAAAUAAUACGGUGUGAAAGGUUUUCCAAUGAUAGACUGUGUAUGAGUAGUGGACAUAACCCUUUGCUCGUAAGUGAAGCCAAUCCAGAAGUGCCUUAACCCUGCAUGUUUCCUAAUGUCCACCAGGGGGCGACUGUCCUGGCUGCAAAGAUUUGUAAGAUUGGAUUUAAGUUUAUGUGAAAAUGAGUCUAUUUCUCAUUUGAAAGAUUAACUCAGUUGACGUUUUCUGAAUGAGUCUCCGUUCUUAAUCUUUUAUGCUGUGUCUCCUUCACUACAUCAUGAUGUUCAUUCGUCACUUUCAGAAUGACCUGCCCAUCAGCAAUGUGUAUUUACAAUCUCCUCCAAGUAUGGCCUCUUCUUGCCCCAAAAAUUUUAAUAUGGUAACGUCCAAAAUACCAGUCGAUUUUUUAACAUAGUCCACAAACCACUGUGUGGUUCUGUGAUUGGCUCUCUGCCCUGUCAGAGGCGGGACGUGUCAAAAUCAGCUCUUUGGACAGUUAGAAUAGGCUGCACAUCGUUUUCUUACUCAUAGUUGUAGAAAAAGACUUGUUUGAUGAGACAGUUGUGUAGGAGAAAGCAAAGCAAACUGGACUGUCAAAACUAGAAAUAUUAUCCAAACAUUGCUGGUAAACAUAGUUUUGACAGUAUACAUGCAUAGAAACCUUUUUUUAGGUGUUUUGAAUUCGGACAAAGAUCUUUUGUAGAUCUCUUAAAUGGUAGCAGUUGAAGUUGAAAUGAUGAGUGGAGACAGGACAGGUAAGACACAGUCUGGACACGCCCCUGGCAGUGACUGUUUCGUUCUAUCAUUUGGGCUAACAGUCAUCUAGAAAUGAGCUGCGAUAUGGUUUCCCAGCUCCUCAGCACUUCUAGUGCAGCUCAUUCAAUGACACAAUGAUGACUUUAGUCGAUGGUUAACAAUUCUGUUUCUUCUGAGUGUUCCACUUUGUUUCCUUUUUGAAAUAAGACGAAGUAACCUUGCUAAAAACUGAACUGAUCUGUGCCAACUUUCUGUUUUCGUAAGCGUCACCCGUUGCAAUAAUCGACACACCGUACCGGGAGGAAGUCCCAAAAAAGUCGACCUGAGUAUAUGCAGGGUCAGUGUCUCAGUUUAAGUUGUCUUUCUCCUCAUCUGGCUUUUUUUGAUGCCUCGAUUUGACCAAACCUCAGCGAUCAACCUGUGAGCUACAACCCCUUUAUUACAUUCAAGAACAGUUGCCAUAAGAAACAGUGAGACCCAGGUACAUUUUCACAAAGUCCUGGGGUUUCAUUUCAAAUGGUUCAAAAGAGAGCCGUUGUUCAGGUAUUUUGAGGAUGCAGCAAAAAGAUAAUGAAGCAAUAACUUUGAUCAAAGUGGAGUACUUGAAAAAGAAAUACUUUAUUGAGCAAAAUCCAAGUUUUCAAUAGAAUCAAUCGCUGAAAAGCUCUGAUUGUAGGAACUUUUUGAUGAUCUAUGCUUUUAAAAACUUCUAUAUGUAGACUAUUUGAGAGUCAAAAUGCACAGAGGAGGGUCCUAUUUUUACACUACUACAGCCCCUGUGUAAUAAUUAAUUACAUUAUAUAACGCAAUUAACAUUUGACGUUAUUUUCCAAAAUAAAGGUCCUGUUACAGUUUGUAUUUUAACUAUUAAACAUUUUUCUGUCUCCAUAUUUGAUUUUCCUCUCCCUAAAUGCGGCCUUUCUUUUGAUCUUGAACGUUUUUGUCUGCAUUGCUUAAUUAUAUUAUUUAUUCUACUGUAUUUCUGUGUUCGUGUGUGUUUAUGGCACAUAUUUUCAUUACAGUGCAGCCAAAAUAACGUGAUAAGUUAUGACUGCUCUUAGUGUACUGGUGUGUUUCUGCCAUUUUCAAUUCUACUGCUGUUAAGUCAUGAACUGAGUUAACCAGAGAUGAAGCAGUAUGAUCACUUUUUACUGUUAAUUUAAACUGACUUUGAUGAAAACCCGCAAAGAGAUUGGUACGCACCUCAGACUGGCCUUUAAGUCCCAAAUAGUAGACCUUAUAUUUACUUUAAGUCAACAUUUCUCCUCACUUUUAUCCUUAACCUCAUACCUCUUUUCGACCAACGCCAAACGGUUGUAUUUCCGAGCUGGUGCUCGCGCUGUUUCAGGGCUGGUUGAACUUGCGAACCAACAAGGCACCCGUUUGUAUUUCCACCCACUCGAGCCCAUGGAAGAGGCACGUCAUGACGUCAGAUUUACGUGACCGCUUUUCCCAGCAGUGCUAGCGCGACUUUCCCUAACAACAAUAACGACGACAGCUUGUCUCCUCAACCGACCACCGCUUUGCCUUGGAAUCCAUUAGUCUCUUUAAUUUUUUCGCUGCAGGACAAUGGAGGAAACACGUUUGGUUUGUGUUUUUGAUCACGGCAGCCCUGCCCCUCGCCCCUGAUGAACCGGUUUUCCCGGCCAGGAGCCGGUUCACUCGCACUCAAAACACGAAAAAAUUGUUCUCAAUUGAGCGGCGGCUCUGAACCGGCCCUGAAACUGCGUCGGUCGAAAAGAGGUAUAUAUGAAUUCACCACAAUGUUAUGUUUAUUCCAAUAAUUCGAUCGGCAAAAGAGUAGCAUGUCAUUAUCAUUCCUCUGCAGCAUUGAGUUUUUCGCAGUAAACAGAAAAAAAAGUGUUUUUUUCUGUUUACUUUAUUACAGUCUGUUUAGUAACAGAUAAUGUAUAGUGAGCAGGUGCCUAUAUGAAUCUGGACCCCCAACAAGGUGAGUACAACCCAGGUGUGAAGUGGAGGAGUGUUGUCUCAGCUUGAAGUUCUAAUUUGUAUAACCACCUGCUCACUAUACAUUAUCUCACCUGUUACCCUGCUGUCAGCUUAAACUAUGAACAAACCAACACAAAAUAUUGAUUUAAAAUGUCUUUAUAUAUACACAGCUUUAAAAAAUCCCUCCAAUUCAACAGUUGGUUAAAACCUGAUCCUGCUUAUUAAUUGUAACUGACAUUAAAGUGAAUAUUUCCCUUGAAGGUACCGUUAGACGAUGUGAACUGGACUCCUGCAGGAACAUUCAUGUUGACAUUUCUGUCCUCAUUCAGCUCUCCUUCUUAUCUUAGACGUUGACUCACCUUUAAACAUAAAUGAGUCAAAUGUCUCAUCUUUGAACAUUGUGUCUGUUAUCUCUACCUCUUCUGGUUUCAGUGAUUUUGUAGAGAUCAGCAGUUUAGAGAUGCUCUCUCCAGCUCUGCUCUCGUUGUCUGGAUUACAGGACAGGGUGUUGCUCCACUUCUCUCUAUCAGAGAUGGUUGGGGUCCAGUAGCUCCUCAGGCUGCUCUCACAUCUGUGCCCACUAACUGUCAUUAUUUCCCAACUCUCAAGACCAGCCUGAGCCCACACUGACGUUUUUACCACAGUGUCAACAGGCAGAGGGGGAUUGUGAAAGACUACCUUCUGUGGAUUGAUUUGAUAUGACAUAUAUGAUAAGGGUCUCUCUGGCGUCACUUUUGCUGUUGAGAAUUAAUCACCAUUGGUAUUGGGUUUGACCAAUCAGAAUCAAGUAUUCAAGUAUUGAAAACUUGCAGAAACGUUUCUAAUUGUCACUUCAGAUUAAUCCAAACAACAACAAGGAUUUCAAAAUGACUGAGUGAACGUAGCAUUGUGUUACACUCAGAGCUACAGACUAAUGAUGAUGACUUACCUCUGGUUGAAAACUAGUAGGUCAGUGAAGGUUUAAUCUACUUACUGCUGAUCCUUAAUGUACCACUGACUCCCAGUCUUUGUUAGCACCAACCUCUUUAUGUUCAUGUUGGUGAGUAUAAGGCCUUUAAAUGUAUAUAUAAAUCUUAUUUCAUAAACCAAGAUCCAAUCUCUUACGCUAGUUUUCAUGCAAACACAAUGAAAAAAGCAGUCUUUGCUUCAGCAUCUUUCAGCCGUAGCUCUUUGUUGGCUGAUUUCUGCAUCAUGGAAUUGUGAAUUGUGUAUAUUUGCAUGGAGUCAUUGAUUGACCUUUGAAUCUACCACACACCAUAUUUAUACCUUUGAUUGUUUGUACCUGAUUAAAAUCUUUCUCUUCAUACCUGCUGUGCCUUUGACAUACUGUCAAUAAACCCUUGGAGUCAUAUUUUAGAGAUAAGUAUGUAGACACCUGUUAUCUCCUUUUAUAAUACCCUCUUAUUCCCACGGUUUCAGGAUGUACUGUAUCUGUUGAUGCUGGUGAUGUGUUCCUUUGGUUGUGACAUGGACUGCAAAUUAUGUUACAAAUAUAUUUCAAGAACUUGUGACUG